AUGGUUAAAAAAGGAAGAGGUUCAUAUCCUAUAAAAAAACCAAAUAAACCAUCACCAGUUUCAAAUAUAGGUAAAAUCGGUUCAUUACUACGAUACGAAGAUAGAGAAUAUGCAAAUAAUUUAUUACAUGAAGCAGCAAAAUUAGUGGCCCCUAUAAUUCAUGAACAUAAUUUUAAAGUUGGUGUUUUAUGUGAAAUGUUUCCCAAAAAUCCAAAUUUAUUAGGUUUAAAUAUGAACAAGGGACAAAAAAUAUUAAUUAGAUUAAGAUAUGCUUCAAACGAGCGUAGCUUCUUACCCAUGUCUGAAAUUAUCAGCACUUUUUUACACGAAUUAACUCACAAUUUAUAUGGUAAACACGAUAAAACAUUUUAUGAUUUCUUAGAUAAAUUAAAGAAAAGAUAUGAAGAAAUACAAUAUGGUGGUGGAUCAACUGGAAAUUAUCGAUGUGAAGAAAAUAAAUUGGGAUCUAAUUCUUUAUCUGAUUUAAGUGUAUCUAUUCGUGAAAAGAGGAUUAAAGAGCUAAGUAAACAUAAAUUCAAAAGUGAAGCUAGGACAUUAGCUUCAAGUUUAUCAUCUUAUAAAAUUACCAAACCUAAAAAUCCAAAAUUGGCUGCGUUAGAAGCUGCUGAACGAAGAUUAAAGGAUUCUAGAUGGUGUCAUUCUGAACAUGCAGAUCAGGAAGAAGUACCAGACGAUACAUAUUUAGAAAUCUUAGAAACAAAAGAUGAAAGUAAAUCUGAACUGCCAGAACCAGAGCCAGAAAAUGCCACACCAAUUACAAAUAUAAGAAGAAUUGAGGAUUUUAGAACACUACCGCUUCCUGAACUAGUUAGAGAUCAAAAUAGUAUGCUGACUACUAUACCAUUGUCAAUCAGACGUGAUGAAGAAAUUCAAAGAAUGAAUUUAUUUCCUGAACCAAUAACUAUAGAACAAGAAAUUUUAACUCCCAUGAUGCCUAUCAGUAAUACACGAAGAGAAAUAGCUACAAAUAUUCCUAUUCCUAAAGAACCUGAAUUAAUUGAUUUAACUGAUGAUUCUUAUAUUGAACCAAUUCGAGAUAAUGAAAUAAUAGUUAUAGAUUAA